AUGCUUCAUGGAGCUAUGGAUGUGGAGACCUUCAACAAAGCUCUUCCUGCUUUCCACAAGCUAGCAGUGGAGCACCUUACAUCAAAUGUUGAUCUUCAUGUAGAAUCCAAUUACGUUAAGAGCUACAGUGGGAAAUGGUGCAGCUUCAUAUCCCUUCGUUUGGACCAAACCAACCUUGAGUUUGUGGUGUCAUAUAAUGAGUUUUACCAGGAGCCCGUGCUACAUCACCUUCGAGACCACAAUCCUGGUAUUACAGUAGACAUUGAGCAAUGUUUUCCUGAAGUGCAUCCGGUUCUUCAGAGGACCUUCUUGUUCUUACAUCAGUGUGAGACGAAGGAGCUAAUGCAAUCUUUGGAGCCAAAGCUGCCGGUGAGAUACUUGGUUUCAUGGUUUGGGAUUUAUCUCAGUUAUAUCGAUGCUGGCUUGUCGCUACGAGUGCCUGAACAGGCCUACACCUCAGUACUAUCUUGA